GUAAGACACUAGCUAGCUAGGAGCCAAAGGCCGCAGCGAGCUUAUUCAUUGCCAACAGCAGCGAAAAUCAGUGAUUGGGACGCCUUACUACUAGCGCAGCCUCGUGCAGUCGAUCGCGGCAAGUCCGGGCGGAUAAAAAGUGCUGCACAAAGCCGCAGCAUUAGCAGCGCUGCAAAACGCGCGCCGUCGACGAAACGAGCCAAAGAAAUGGACUCCUUCCUGAGUAGCCUCUCGACGCUGCAACAAAAAAAGCCAAAAACAACAAAAACGAACGCCCUCGACGUCUUCGGCACCGAACCGGCAGCGCCAAAGACAAAAACAACAAUCGCACCAGACGACUACGCGCCGCCGAAGACGAGCGCGCCCAUCUUCGGGGCGUGGCCCAUCCUGCCCGGCGCGCCGACGAUUCCCACGUGCGCGCGCGCGCCGCCGAAACGGCCGCGCGAGGAGCGACCGCCGCGACCGCCGCGGGCGGACCACUACGGAGGAGGUCGCGGCCGCGGCGCGGGCGGCAAGGGCCGCGGCCGCGGCGGCAAGGGCAGCAAAGGCAAGGGCCGCGGCAAGGGCCGGGGCCGCGGCGGCAAGGGCGGCCGCGGCCGCGGCGGUCGAGGCAAGGGCAAGGGGAGGCGGCGCGACGGCCCGCGCGCCGGCGCGGCCGUCUGCGCGGCCCUGGACCUGGAGGCGACGGACGCGCCGCGCGUCGAGGCGCUCGUGAAGGCCUUCGCCGACGCGCACAAAGAAAAAGUGCAGGAGCACCUCGCCGUCGCGCGCGCGCAGAAGCAACUGGAUAGGCGCGCGCGGCACGACCCGAAGUUCCUGGAGCAGCUGCUGCUCGGGGCCCUGAAGCGGGAGGCCUCGAUGGCGGCGGCGGUCGGGCGCGCCGAGGCUAUAUUUCGGGCGCCGCCGGCCGAGGACGGCGAGCGCCACACGACGCUCUGCGCGGGCGUCGCGCAGGUGCUGGGGAGCGUCGCGCGCGGCUGGCGCGCGGCGGAGGCCGAGGACGAGCGGCAGCGCGCCGCCGUCGAGAAGCAGGCGCGGCCGGCGCCCGCCGCGGACUCCGACUCUGAGGACGACGACGACGAGGACGAGGCCGGCGCCGUCGUGGCGUCGCACCCGCUGCUCGGCGUCGCGCCGCCGGCGCGCAAGCGGCGUCGCGCCGCGGCGGCGCCGGCGGGCGGCGUGCCCCGGGACGUGGCCGUGGCCGCCGCGGCCGCGGGCCUUGAGUCCGCGUCGUCGUCGAGCGACUCCGACUCGUCGUCGGACGACUCGGACUCGGACGACGACGACGACGGCGCGCCCAACGUGCCCGCGGACCUCUUAGCGGCUGCGGCGGCUGCGGGCGCGUAUUAGUAUGUAAUUGGUGUUCGACCGUAUACCGCCACCCUGGGAGGCGCCACCAUGGGGGCUCGUGCGGGUGCAGUGGCGCCACUUUGAGCCGCUCGCGCGCGGCCGCAUCAAAACUUAUAUGCGCCAAGAUCGGCGUACGUCUUUAACAUCACCAUCACUGCAGCCUCGCAAAUUUUGGGCAUUUAUAACAGCUGCGCACGUCGUCUCGCCACCCUCAAAACGCAGCCCGAUAGCGCGGCACGCGGCGCGGCGCCGCCCCUUAACGUGCGCGCGCCAUGCGCGGGCUCGCUGGCGUCGCGCUGCUCCUCCUCGGCUGCGGCGCGGCGGCGGCCGCGCAGGACGCCGAGGCCCUGGCCGCCGCCUGGUGCGCCAGGACAAGCGCGACGCCCGAACCACACGUCAUCUUCUACAACAAGCUCGGCAAGUGCGGCUCGACGACGAUGGACAACACGGCUCAGAGGUACGCGCGCGAGACUCCGAAGCGCGCGUUCCUCGGCCUCGCGCCAAGCCAGUGGAAGGACAAUUUGAAGCGCAACCCGGCCGCCCGGGCGAAGAUGCUGCGGGACCUCGGGGGCGCGUACGGCGACUUAGGCGACCACGCCAAGGCGCGAGACGUGCUGGAGCGCGCGCUCGCGAUCGACGAGCGGGCAUACGGCCGCGACCACCCGGAAGUGGCCAAGACACUGACGAACCUCGGGGGCGCGUACGGCGACUUAGGCGACCACGCCAAGUCCCGAGACAUGCUGGAGCGCGCGCUCGCGAUCGACAAGCGGGCGUACGGCCGCGACCACCCGAACGUGGCCCGCACGCUGAAUAACCUCGGGAACGCGUACGGCGACUUGGGUGACCAGGCGAAGAAGCGAGACAUGCUGGAGCGCGCGCUCGCGAUCGACGAGCGGGCGUACGGCCGCGACCACACUGCCGUUGCCACGACGUUGGGGAACCUCGGGAACGCGUACGGCGACUUGGGCGACCACGCCAAGUCCCGAGACAUGCUGGAGCGCGCGCUCGCGAUCGACAAGCGGGCGUACGGCCGCGACCACCCGAACGUGGCCCGCACGCUGAAUAACCUCGGGAACGCGUACGGCGACUUGGGCGACCACGCCAAGUCCCGAGACAUGCUGGAGCGCGCGCUCGCGAUCGACGAGCGGGCGUACGGCCGCGACCACCCGAACGUGGCCCGCACGCUGAAUAACCUCGGGAACGCGUACGGCAACUUAGGCGACCCCGCAAAGAAGCGCGACAUGCUGGAGCGCGCGCUCGCGAUCAAGGAGCGGGAGUACGUGCGGCAGAAGGCCGCGGGCGGCGCGUCGGUCUUCGUGACGGGCCACGUGUACUUCGACCCCGAGUUCGAGGGCUUCGGCACGAGCUUCGGGCGCUUCCAGCUCCUCCGGUCCUGCGCCCCGCGCUCGUACUCGAAGCUCGUGUACACGCACAAGGACCUCGACGCGGGCUGCCUGCGGAACGUGAGCUGCGCCCGGGGCGCGUACGGCGGCAUGCUCCGGUCGAUGAAGAACACGGCGUUGAAGUUCCUCGGCGGCAGCGAGAACGCGACGAUUGAGGCGUCCAUCGACCACCUCCGCGACUACGCGGUCUGGGGCUUCAUCGACCGCUUCGGCGACACGCUGGACCUGCUGGCGUGCGCCUUCCCGAGCUUCUUCUCCCCGGUCCUCCACGAGCCCCGCCAGCGCCCGCCCCACCGGAACGCCUGCACCGGCAUCAACUGCGCGCCCGAUCCGGCCGUCUUGGACUACAUCGACGCCGAGCUCUGCGACGCCGAGAACGAAGUCUUGGCGGUCGCGCGCGCGCUCUUCGACGCCAUCUCCCGGCGCGUGGCCGCCGGCGAAAAGUGCUGCCGGCCGCCGCGGAACGCCUCGGCGCGGGAGCUCGCGGAAGAACCCGCCGGCCUCGCGGCGCCGCGCGGUAGACGGCGGCCGCUCCCCGGCGACGGCGCGAGCUUUAAGCCACCAUAA